GAAUGAAUGGUUGUUUCCCAUGCACAAGUGGUCGACAUACAGUAAAAGCCAGUUGAUCAGAAGAAGUAAAAAAUGGUGUCUAAAGUAGAAGAAGCCAUGAAAAGGAAGCAACAGGUGUCACAACAACAAGAACACAAGAGUCGUAAGGAGAAUUGCUAUCAGCAGAAUAUCAUACCAUGCAACAAAGGAAAAGCUUCCAAAUUCAAAAGAAGCAGCUCCAAUCUUGAAGACGAUGGUGUUUCCUCUGCGAUUCUCUUGCUUGCUUGUAUUGCUUGCAACCCCUCCUACUGAAAGUAGUUUCUUUUUUCAUAUAGCGCAGCUAUAGAUAUAGCCAGUAGGUGUAUCGUAUUCUCUCUCUCUCUCUCUCUCUAUCUGUUUCUCUCAUUUUCUCUGUAUGUUUUCUCAGAACUAAUCUUAAUAAUAAAUAAAAAUUUAUUUUCUCUA